AUGGCUCCUCUCUACAAGACCGCAGCAGCAUUUUGCCUCGUCGGACUCUUCGGGCUCCAGUCCAAGGCGGACGAGCCAGCGAAGUACAUAUUCCAGGUAGUAGAUGUUAAAGAUGAACUCUACCUAACGACAAACUUGGCCCGUAAUGGAAAAAUUUCAGUCCGUACCAACACAGUUGAAAAGGACACCAACCUUGUCUCCACCCUGAAGGCAAAAGUACAAGCCGAACAGACAGCCGAAUCAGAUACGUGCGCGACAUUGAUAGCCGGGGAACUUAAGAAGGUCUUUUAUCACAGUUUCACUUACACAACAGAUCCAAACUAUGCUGAAAUAGUGCAGGAGGCUCUCCAAGCCGGACUUGAAGAAUUCGGAAAAACAUAUCCGUCAGACCCAUCGACAUGGCAAGGCAAACGGGGAAGCGACAAGGUUAACAGUGUGUUGCACCUUCUCGGCGCCAACAGCACGAAAAUCGGCUGCUUCAUUGGAAAUUGCAUCAAAAAAGUUGAAAGUGGGAGGCUCGCCAAGACAGAACCAGAAGAACCAACAACGUCUGUGCUUUUCUGUGAAUUGACUCCUACAGCAACAGAGGGCGAGGCGGCCUUUAGGUAA